AUGGGUACAUACGUAGACGAUGUGGAUUCAUUGGGAUUUUCUUGUCCAGAUGAUUUGGACAAAGAGGCUUACAUAAAGUUUUGGAAUAACUAUGUUCCGAUCUUAAAACGCCGCGAUCGUCGAUGGCGAAAAGUUGGUUUACCUCGUGGCAAAAAGUUAAGAAGAUUUGUACAUAAAGGCGUACCAUCAAGACUUCGACCGAUGAUAUGGAUGUUAGGUUGUCCACAAAUCGGUAUGGCUAAGUAUGAUGUCAAUAAGCAGGUGGUUGAUGCAAUUUGCCUUGAUCUACCAAGAACGUUUCCUGAUAACAAGCGAUUAUCAAAUGCUGCCGGAAAUCGUAUCAUUGGUCGUAUUCUGUACAGAGUGGCAGAAUAUUUUCCAGAUAUAGGCUAUUGCCAGGGAUUUAAUUAUAUCGCUGCACUCAUCUACUUGAUAUUGAAUGAUGAGAACCAAACCGUUCGUUUGAUGACUCAUUCAAUUCAACAACGACGAACUUACUACACAUCCGACAUGAGUGGCAUCAUUGUUGAUAUCAAAGUUUUACGGGAUUUACUACGCGAUCGUAAAAUGAUGCCAAAUGCUCUGAUUCGUCUGAUGGAAACGGAUAUGGAGAUGAUGCUAAGUAAAUGGUUCCUUUGCUGGUUUCUUGAGACACUACCUAUGGAGAGUGUUUUACGUAUUUGGGACUGUUUGUUCUUGGAAGGAGAUGUAGUGUUAUUUCGAGUUGCUGUUGCACUAAUCGAGGCUUCAGUACCAUCACUGGCAAAAUGUCGAACCACGGCUGAUGUUUUUGAAGUGUUUCGUGAUAUUGGCACUUCACCGCUCGCUGUCGAUUGUCAUCACCUUCUCGAGGUGGCAUUUGCCAAUGACAAAGUGUCAAUCACAGAAACGAAACUGAAUGAAUAUCGUCAUUGCUACGCUAACUGUGCUGAUAUGAAACCAAAAUCCGACAUUCGAUAA